CUCCGAGUCUUUCUUGCCAGCAGGUCCUCGGAACUCCAUGAUCCUUCAGCCGCCCAUGGAUCUGGGUCGCCCGGCCGGGGCCCAGAAAGACCCCAGGGAAGCACAGGGGCCAGACAGGACCCUGGAUGCCUGCUCCCUUCCCCAAGGAAUUCAGCCCCAGAGCACCAGUCAAUUGCUGGAGGAGGAUCAGGACUCUCUUCAGAAGCAUUUCUUGUCUGAGGAGAACAUGAUCUCCCAUUUUUCCCAUCUCAGCCUAGACAAUGAUCACCCCUGCUGUGGACCAUCCGUAGCUUUCUCCAUGGGCACUCCAGCCCCACCAGUGAUCAGGCCUUUGGAAGACUCUCUUCACUCAACUGGGGAUCUUGGGGUCCUCUGCCCCAGCCUCCUGCUGGCCCUGAAUCCCCACUCGGAGCUGCUCCUUUGGCAAUAUCCAGGAAAUCAAAUCCCAGAAACCCUUCGUCUGCUGAGAUUGGGGGGCUCCCAGGUAUACCAAAAUCACAACCCCCAUAGUGGGGAGGCAAUGGAGCUCUGAGCCUCAAGCAACUGCCCCUGUCCCUCAGGAACUCUGGCCUAUCAGUGACCCUAACUCCAACUCCAUGAGUUGGAGAUGGACAGAAUCUGGCUGUCUCUGGAAGCCACAGACACAAAGACCAAAGAUGUGGAAGAGGGUCUAGACACCCAUAUAUUGUACACAGAAAUAGAUAAUUGUACUCUCUAGUUUGAGAUAGGUCUUUUACCUACAUACAAAUUCAAGAGAUGGUCAAGGAAAUAGAACCAUAGACUUUCAAGAGGAUAAGGAACAUCUUUGGGGAUGGGGUCUUUGUGAAAUCAAAAUAAAGAUUUCUGGGUGAUAAAA